AUGAUCUCCUCAUGGUUCGUCGAGGACCUCGUCCUAGAAUGGGAAGGGGUGAAAGUGAAACACAUAAUCCAAGCCAUCGGAUCCUCGAGCCUCCAGAAAGGCCAGAAUUUUGCCGCAAAGUACUGCCCCAAACAAAACCCCAGAAUCUAUGAUAGCUACGUAAAGCUUUACCUCGAUGAUGAAGUGGAUAUUGUCUACAUUGGCACUCCACACGGGUACCACUAUCGCGACUGCAUGGAAGCCAUCGCCGCGGGCAAGAAUGUAUUGUGCGAAAAAGCUUUCACCCUCAACGCAAAACAAGCAAAAGAGAUCUUCGAAGCCGCGCGGGAAAAGAACGUCUAUGUUGCAGAAGCAAUGUGGCUGCGUCAUCGACCUCUAUACAUUGAGCUGAAGCGACUCCUGCACGAGGAAAAGGUCAUUGGAGAUGUGUUCCGUGCAAACUGUGAUUUUGCAUCGGACAUUGGCCUUGCGACUCUACCUGCUACAUCUCGGUAUCGAGAUCUCAGCCUCGGUGCAGGAUCACUGCUCGACAUUGGCGUCUAUUCUUUGACCUGGAUGAUGCUUGGGCUGAACGAUCGCCCGGCUGGUCAAGGGGAGAAGCCCAACAUCUUGGCUGCCCAAAGUCACGAGGAUGGCAUUGAAGUGACGACUAAUGCUAUUUUGCAAUACCCCUCGACAAACCGACAGGGAAUUGUGACAACUACCAACAAAGCUUCUGGCCCCCCUGGCGAGGUGUUUGCGGUCAUACACGGCACUGAAGGAUUUGUGGAAGUUGAAGGACGAGCGCCCUCAAUCCCGGAGUCCUUCACUGUGUAUCCCAAGCAGAAAGACUGGGCCGCAGAUAGAUGUCUUCACAAGAGAGAGAAAUGGCAAGGCCAACGGCACGAAUAUGCCCCCAUUGGACGUGGCUUUGUGUAUGAGGCUCAGAACACAGCCUUGGAUAUUCUUGCAGGCCGGAAGGAGAGCAGUAUCAUGCCGGGGGCCGAGACAAUUCAUAUCAUGGAAAUGAUGGACGAGAUUCGACGACAGGGUGAGACAGUUUACCCAGGAGAGUGA